AUGGCGACGACCUCCACUGCAUCUACGGCGACACCGGCCCAGAUUCAAGCGGAGACAAUCCAGGAAUGGUACCCUCUCACGGACGACCUAUUCUUCCUCGAGGGCAAGGAGCUCGCCUUCAUGAAAGCGCAGACUGGCAUCGAGGAUGAAGAAGAGCUGAAGCAACACAUCAUCUCCGUCACGCGCGAGGCGUACGCUGUCUUCCCUUUCCCUUGCAUCCGUCGCUUCAAUCAUCUCAAGUUCAAAUUUGCCGGCCUGCCAGGCUACGACCAGGUUUUGAAGCUCGGGAGAGAGCGGGAAGGCGCGAUACUCCUUGACAUAGGAUGCUGUUUUGGCAACGACAUUCGAACUGCCGUUGCGGACGGAUUCCCGGCGAAGCAACUCAUAGCGACCGACCUGUAUGGCGAGUACUGGGCGUUGGGCCAUAAACUCUUCCGUUCGACAUCCGCGUCCUUCCCGGCCUCCUUCAUAGCCGGUGACGCGUUCAACCCCGAACACCUCGCCGUCAUGCCUCCGCUCUAUGAGUCUACGUCGGAGCCCACUCCAGACUUGUCGAUGUUGACGUCGCUGAACCCACUACACGGCCACGUCUCUGCCAUCCACGCCUCGUCGUUCUUUCAUCUGUUCGACGAGGAGAAGCAGGCGCAUAUUGCGCAGGCGUUGGCAGGCUUGCUCUCACCGCUCCCGGGUUCGAUCAUCCUCGGGUCACACGCCGGGAGACACGCGAAAGGUUCUCAGGUGCACAAGGUCGGCCCGAACAAGGACAACGGGAGCUUUACGUUCUUCUUUCAUUCGCCUGAGAGCUGGACGGAGCUGUGGGAUGGGCAGGUCUUCAAGAAAGGUACGGUGAAGGUCGAGACGCGUCUGGUCGAGUAUACGGCCGGGCCGGAUGGCGAGAUGGUCUAUUUCUUGCAGUGGUGCGUUACGAGGCUUUGA